GACUAUGCACGUACAGUUACUUAAUCGGAAGUCUCCAUAAAAAGCUCAUCUAGUUUGCACAUCUCAGUGUCAAGUUUUCUUCUAUAAUAUUCUCUCAGUUUCACUCCCUAAACCAAAUGGAGUUUCCACACCUAGGCUUCCUUUCAGCCUUUUUUUGUCUUGCUCUGGUUGGAUAUCAUGUUCAAGCAUCGCUACCCGCCGAAGAUUAUUGGAAAUCCCUGUGGCCCAAUACUCCCAUGCCUAAAGCUCUAAAGGAUCUUACGCAGUCUGAUUCUGAGUGGAAGGCAGGGGGAAGGAUUCAUGCUAAGGUAGGCCACAGGCUGAUGGAUCUUGAAGUCUAUAGCAAGCCAGACAAAAAAGUCACUAGUCACCCUACAAAAUUCAAAUCUCAUGAUGAAUUCAAUCACAGUGUCACAUUCUUCUUCGAACAUUUCCUUCAACCUGGCAAACCAUUGAAUAUGGAGUUCACAAAGCGUUCAGCUGAAUUUACUUUCUUACCCGACAAAGUUGCGAAAUCCAUCCCUUUUUCGAGUAACAGAAUCUCAGAAAUUCUGAAUCACUUCAAUAUAGAAGCCAAGUCAAGUGAUGCAGAGACAUUGGAACAUACAAUAGACACAUGCGAGUUACCUGCUAUUGGGGGAGUGGACAAGUACUGUGCCACAUCUCUGGAGUCAUUAGUCAAUUUCACAGUCUCAAAGCUUGGAAAAAACAUCAGGUUGGUUUCAUCAACUGUGCUGUUGGAAAAGGAAACCCAGAAGAAGAAGCCACAGCAAUAUAGUGUUUUGCCUGGAGUGAAGAAAUUAGGGGACAAAGCAGUGGCGUGCCAUAAGAUGAAUUACCUCUAUGCUGUGUUUUAUUGCCAUAAGGUUGCUACAAGGUCCUACUCUGUUCCAUUGGUGGCCUCUGAUGGGACAAAAGCUAAAGCAUUAGCUGUUUGUCACACAGAUACUGCACAAUGGAGUAAUGACAAUAUUGCAUUAAAGCAGCUUAAGAUUAAGCCGGGAACUCUUCCUGUUUGCCAUUUUAUUGCAGCUGAUUCCCUUCUCUGGAUUCCCAAUUAAGCUUUCAAAAUCAUGAUGCAUAUGGACUAGUCCCACCAAGCCUUUGAAGUUUAUAUAUAUAAUAUAUAAUAUAUGUACACAUAUAUAUAGUCCGUUUUCCUGUCCUGCAAGUUUAUUUUUUUUUAUUACUUUCAAAAAGAAAAUGCAAUGUAUGCGUGUUAUAGGAUGCAUAGUGGUUGUUGCAAUUUGAUCAAUGAUGAAAGUUUGGUCUGUGUUAUCCU